GCCGGCGAAGUGCCUUAGUAGACAUCCAUAUCUUGAUCGGUGCAGUUUCACUUAGAACUUACUUACUGUUGAGCUUUAGAAUGAUUUUUCUGACUAAAAGAUUACUUGUCAUCUUAACGAUCGUGACUCUAACAGUCGCCGAUCGCAUCUACAUCUGUCAGCAUCAGCUGAAAGUUACCGGUGAUGGUUUCCUGAAGUUCCACGAUGAUUGCCGUAACUACGACGACGCAGUCUUGGCCAGGACCAGCUUCAACGAGGAUCGAGAGGUGUGGAUCCGAAACGGAACCAUUGAUGAUAUUGAUCGACUUCUCAAUGGCAGUUUGUACCACGUCACUCAUCUGAAGAUCACCAAUCUGGCUGCCGGUGAGGGAUCUCGAUCGCUGGAACGAUUCCCCAUUGAGCCGGAACGUUUUGCGGUUCUCGAUUUGACCAACAGUGGGAUUCAGCGGUUGGAGAUAAAAGACGUUGACUAUCGCUUAACACAUUUGGACGUGAAGCAGAAUCGACUCACAACAUUGACUAAUAUGAAGUUUCUAACGGGGUUGGAAUCCCUCAAGGCCGAUCGGAACGCCAUCGAUUCGUUUUCAUUGGACGAUUUCAAGGAUCUCAAACAGCUGAUUGUACUUUCGUUGAAGUCGAACCAGAUCAAAAGUGUAACGGCGACGGGUCCAAUCUUCCUGCCCAAGUUGAGAUCCCUAUUUUUAUCGGACAACCAACUGACAGAUCUGAACGUAACUCAUUGGGAGUUCCCGAAUCUAAACUCAUUUUUCGUGGAUGACAACUCAUUGACCGUCAUUAGUGGUAAUUCAAGGGGAAAAUUCCCCAAUACCUGGGAGAUUGCCCUCGGAGGACGCAAUAAUUGGGACUGCCAGUGGUUUGACAACCUGUUGGCUUUCCUGAAAGAAGAUCGACGAUUUGCCCUGCAGAUGUUUGGCGAUGAACCUAGCUGUCCGGAUCAAAGCCGCAUGGAAGGAUUCAUUUGCUGUCGUAAUGUGUACGAUAAUCAAGUGGCUUAGCUUAAUUGGUUGCGGGAGAUAUAAAAAAAAAGUUCAACAGGUCUGCAGUAGGACGCAAUAAAUCAGAUAACUCGUUCUGGCCAGCGAUGUAACCAGAAAUGGUGAGGGAAACAAAUCAAUUAUAUUAUGAAGAAGGACCAAUUAAUUAGCACUUGCUCGCUGAACUUUGGCUUCGAAGUCAUGGUGAGGGGAUGGCCGAUGAUGAUGAUGAUGAUGUUAAUGAUAAUGAUUACAAUGGUGAUAAUGAACUCAAUGGUGAUAACAGUGUUGGUGGAUCUGUAAAAAUGAAUCAUUACUUGGGCAGUUAAUGUUUCAAUAAAUAAUUAUUGGUUUACCGUUUCAGUGGA